AUGGGUCUGACCCAAUUUGCGAACGGUACCGGCGCGGAGAGAUCUGAGAAUCCCAAGGCGGAUAGUGUCAUUAACAAGUAUUGGUGUUCUCCCGAGGUGCAGAUAAUCAGAUUAAACGCUUUCUAUGGGGAGAAACUUUCCCAAGUACCGUUUCCAUGGCUCAAGACCUUCAACGAGUCUCCUUUAUCCACGCUCAUCCAUGUUCCAUUAUCCCAUCUUCCUACAUCUCUCUUGGAACCAUCAGCCGAUCUUAUCAACAUAGUUCCACUUUUCGUACUCAGUAGCUUUGUACUGUGGUCGUCUGAUUGGAUUCUCACUGAUUGGGUAGCACAUUCCAAACAAGGAUAUGCACAACCAGAAGAUGAAGAUCCCGCCUAUACUCGGGUCGCACACUUUUUUGGAUUAGCCAUGAUAUUGCGUACUAAGCCCGAUGUUUUGACUUCUAUUUUGCCUGAGCUGAGGGACACACCCGUGUAUCAAGGCCAGGACAAGCUUCCCCUUAUUGUUUGGAUGAUGGCUCAGGCCUCCCUAGGUGAUUUAUCUGCUGGCUUGUAUUCGUGGGUGCAUAACUUGUUACCACUACUAGUCGAUAAUAACAAUUGCUGCAGCCCUCAGUCUAUGGAUCUCAUCCUGCAAUUUCUUGAGAUCAUGUUGUCAAAUCCAGAGGCUCAGGCCAUACUUGUAACCCUUGCUGAUAGGGACGGAAAGCGGCUGAUUCCACCUUCUUCAUUUGAGAUCUUGCUGCGGCUUACAUUCCCUGAUUCAUCCGCUAGAGUAGAGGCAACAGAGAGGUUUGAGGUAGCUUAUCCCUUGUUGAAAGAAGUCGCCCUUGCACCAGAGAGUGCAACGACAGGAGGAAACGCAGUGGAACAAAUAUUCACUUUUUCCUUAAAAUUAGCUGGAGAAGGAAAUCCUGCUCUAGCCAAGGAAGCUGCAGCAAUCGCUAUCCGGUCUUUGACAGAUAACGUUGAUUGCUUUAAGCUCUGGGAUAUUCUCUAUAAGGAUCAUUUAGAAGCUAGCGUCUCUCUUCUUAGAAAGCUUGUAGACGAAUGGAAGGAUUAUUCCCCUAAAUUAUCAUCAUCACCAGGUGAUACUCUCACUGUCAAUCGAGCUAUAAAUAGCUUCAGGCUUAAGAAUGAAAAAGCCAUCACUGAAGGAGGAGCCAAUUGCUCACUCUACGAAGAAGCUGACAAGUCCUGCAAACUGCUCUCGGGGAGACUCUCCCGUGCAAGUGGCCGCCUCAAAAUUACACUUCUUGUUUCUGCAUGCACCUUUGCAGGAAGCCUUGCAGGAGCCGCACUUGCUCUAUCUUACUAGCAAGCAUAAUGAGGGCUGGUCCAACCUUAUCGCAUAAAAUUAUGAUAACCGUUAAACAACAUUGUCUCGCAAGACAAAUUAAUAGAGUUAGUACAGUUAAGACGAAUCCAGCCCAGGCCCAGUACUUUUUUUGGGGGUAGCUAUAACCCAAUUCAUUGCAAAGGGAAUUAAUUUUAACUA